AUGGACAUUUUGGAUGAACGUAAUGUAAAGAAUAUUCUCAUUGUGAUUGAUAGUUGCAGGACCUGUAUCGUUCUUGAUUUAUUUAAGUGGUCAAAGCUCACGGUGAAAGUGUAUCCAGUCAAUCUGGUCAAUCUGGUCAAUCUGGUCAAUCUGGUCAAUCUGGUCAAUCUGGUCAAUCUGGUCAAUCUGGUCAAUCUGGUCAAUCUGGUCAAUCUGGUCAAUCUGGUCAAUCUGGUCAAUCUGGUCAAUCUGGUCAAUCUGGUCAAUCUGGUCAAUCCAAUCUGGUCAAUCUGGUCAAUCUGGUCAAUCCAAUCUGGUCAAUCUGGUCAAUCUGGUCAAUCUGGUCAAUCCAAUCUGGUCAAUCUGGUCAAUCUGGUCAAUCUGGUCAAUCUGGUCAAUCUGGUCAAUCUGGUCAACCCAAUCUGGUCAAUCUGGUCAAUCCGGUCAAUCCGGUCAAUCCGGUCAAUCCUUCCUACUCUUCUUAAUAUGUUUUACUGUAAUAUAUGCAGUACAUCUUUUGACAAUCAAAAAACUCUCAAAAGUCAUAACAGAGAUCAGCAUUCUUCAUCAUUGAGAAUUCCUCUUCCUAAUGGUGAAAUGACAACCGUUUAUAGACAAAGCAAUUCAAAAUUUUUAUGCUUUUGUAAAAAACAAUUUGAAACAAUUAAUGGUUUCCAUCGUCAUUAUCGAAAAUAUAAUUGCCAAGACACAAAUAAUGUACUAGCGAUCAUUCAUAGAGAUUCAGAGGAUACGGAUAAUUUAACGAACAUAAAUGAGACAUCAUUAAGCCAAGUAAAGGACUUAAAAAAUUCUGAUAGCCCGUUUGAUACAAUUAGUUUUUCUACUGGUACUUCGGAAAAGAUUAAACUGUUAACGAAUAGCUUCUAUGAUGCCUUCGAUAUGUGUUUUAAAAAAAUGAAAGAAGAAAAAAAAUGGAAAUUACGCUCAAAAAGAGUAGUUGAAGAUAUCCUUUAUUCUUAUGGAACCGAUUUAGAACGAGAGAAUGCUGUACAUUCGUUCAUUAUUGAUGUAUCUGACUCACAUGUAAAAAACCUUUUUACUGAUGACGAAUGGGCCGAAAUUACAAGUGAUAACAAUAAAAAAUAUACUACUUUAUCAGAAGAAAUACUCUCACUGCUGAAAAACAUUAACAAGCCUACAGUAAAUGAAAUAAGAAAGGAAAUUUUCAAGUAUGCCGAUAUUCGAUACAAUAAUUAUUCAGAAGACAAGAGUUUCCAUAUAGAUAAAAUAUGCUAUGCUAUUGAGACACUAAUCCACAAGUAUCAGAGAAAUCCCAAUCCUCUUCUGGUACAACAGGAUGAAGCAUGGUAUAAUAGCCAUAUAUGGGUCCCAUUCAUUGAUAGCUUCUAUGACAAUAUUGAUGGCAUUAAUUGCGUUAGAAAUGGUCCGGCAAGUCACUCUAGUCGAAAAAGGAAACGUGCAAUGCAAGGUGAAUUUGAGAAAAAACAAACCGGAUCAAAGCCAGAUAUGUCAAUUCGUAUCGUCUCUGGCGGAGGAAAACCGCUAGAGUUUGGUGCUUGCGAGGCAUCUUCGUUCUAUGACGGACCUACUGAUAAAAAGUACCGCCAUGAAUCGAGGAUUAAGCUUCCUAAAAUGCUGAAAGAUAUGUUGUUUGACUUGUGCGAGUAUAGUGAUUGGGAUGUGGAGAAAAUUAGGCAUAUCGAAGUAGUAGGCUACAUACAAAGUGCCUUGGUCAUUGAGUUUCUUUCAAUGAACCAUCCAAAUGGAUAUAUAUGCCGUUUAAGUCGCUCCAAAAACUACGAAAUUGGCUAUAAUGUUAAUACCUUUCCAAAAACUUUAGAAGUAUUAGCGAUGUCGUUGAUGAUGAAGUUUCGUGUUGAGAAUUGUGUAAAAUUAAUUACACAUCCAACCUUCAACAUCAAUACAGUAGAAGAUCAGCCCUCUCCCACUCUUAUUGAGUCUAUCCCAACGCCAUGA